UGUCACAUUGUAUUUUUCACACGAAAAAGAAGAUGGAGUUUGGAAGCAACGGCUCUUACUAUGAUGUGCCAGAGGGAGUGGAUAUUCGGGGAAGAUAUGAUGCAGAGUUUGCAAAAAUCCUUACAAAAGAUGCUUUGAAAUUCGUUGCUGAGCUUCAACGUGAGUUCAGGAACCAUAUCAAGUAUGCAUUAGAGAAGAGAAGAGAGGCAAAGAGGAGGUACAAUGAAGGGGCUCUUCCGGGGUUCGAUCCUGCCACCAGGUACAUAAGAGAGCAAGAGUGGGUGUGUGCACCUGUUCCACCAGCUGCUGCAGAUAGGAAGGUGGAAAUCACUGGUCCUGUCGAAAGAAAGAUGAUCAUCAAUGCUCUCAACUCUGGUGCUAAAGUCUUCAUGGCUGAUUUUGAAGAUGCACUGUCACCCAGUUGGGAAAAUCUUAUGAGAGGCCAAGUGAACUUGAAGGAUGCCGUGGAUGGAACCAUAAGCUUCCAUGACAAAGUAAGAAACAGGGUUUACAAGCUCAAUCAUCCAACAGCAAAGCUUUUUGUGCGACCGAGAGGUUGGCACCUACCCGAGGCACAUAUAUUCAUUGAUGGUGAACCUGCAACCGGUUGCAUUGUUGAUUUUGGCCUCUUUUUUUAUCACAAUCACUCGGAAUUUCGGCGCAUUCAAGGUGCUGGCUUUGGCCCCUUCUUUUAUCUUCCCAAAAUGGAACAUUCAAGGGAAGCAAAGAUAUGGAACAACGUCUUUGAGAAGGCUGAGAAGGUGGCAGGCAUCGAAAGAGGAAGCAUAAGGGCGACGGUUCUGAUAGAAACACUUCCUGCAGUGUUUCAAAUGAAUGAAAUUCUGUAUGAACUGAAGGAACACUCGGUGGGUCUGAACUGUGGACGUUGGGAUUACAUUUUCAGUUAUGUGAAGACCUUCCAAGCUCACCCAGAUCGCCUCCUACCAGAUAGGGUGCAGGUUGGUAUGACUCAACACUUCAUGAAAAGCUACUCUGAUCUUCUCAUAAGGACGUGUCACAGGCGCGGUGUGCAUGCGAUGGGAGGAAUGGCGGCGCAGAUUCCAAUCAAAGAGGAUCCGGUGGCUAAUGAGUUAGCACUGGAACUUGUGAGGAAGGACAAACUUAGAGAAGUGAAGGCAGGGCACGAUGGGACUUGGGCUGCACACCCUGGUCUCAUUCCAGCUUGCAUGGAGGUUUUCAACAACAUCAUGGGCAAUGCUCCAAACCAGAUAGAGACAAACCAACGUGAAGAUGCUGCAAACAUAACUGAGGAAGACCUAUUGCAGACACCAAGAGGAGCCCGCACUAUGGAAGGUCUGAGACUGAACACAAGGGUGGGGAUUCAGUACGUGGCAGCAUGGCUGAGCGGAAGCGGUUCGGUGCCUCUUUACAACCUGAUGGAAGAUGCUGCGACUGCUGAGAUUAGCAGGGUGCAGAACUGGCAGUGGCUCAAGUAUGGAGUGGAACUGAAUGGGGAUGAAGUUGGAGUUAGAAUGAACAGAGAACUUUUCGGCAGGGUGGUUGAAGAAGAGAUGGGAAGGAUUGAAAAGGAAGUGGGGAGAGAGAAGAUGAAGAAGGGAAUGUACAAGGAGGCUUGCAAGAUCUUCACUCGCCAAUGCACCUCCCCAACACUUGAUGAUUUUCUCACUCUGGAUGCCUAUAAUUACAUAGUCCUGCAUCACCCCAGAGAAUCUUCAAAACUUUGAACUAAGAAAGAGGUCGUUUGAAUUCUGUCUCGUAUAGUUAACUCGUCCUUUCUCCAAAUAUCAGUUCAUCAGUUUAUGGAAAACGUUCAGAAUUUCGUUCUCU